AGGAGACUCUUCGUUUUCCAGUCCUCCUCCUAGCCAACUACAUCGUUCCCUUGGUUUUUGAUCAUCAUGUUUUGAAUUGAGCCUCGAGCCGGUUGCUUUUGGUGUCUUGGGUGACAUAUUUGCAUCUUCAGUUUCUUGGUCCGCAUUUCUUGGUCACCAUUCAUCACCAUCAUGUCUCUCGCCGUCUUGACGGCCGAUCCUCUUCGACCUUGUUCACAGAGCGGCUCUGUACGUAUUGCUGGCAAGACCGAUUGGGCAGCGGCCCUCAAGCUAAAUCGAACCGAUCCGGGCCUGGGCCUUAGCUUCGAAGAGACCGAUUUCGUUCGUAGUGAUGGAGAAGACGCUUGGAAUACGUUGGAUAAUAUAGCAGCACUUGGCUUGACUUUGGAAAGUGACGAGGAUGAGGUAACGCAUUCAACUGGCUUACCUAGGUUCUCUCUCGAAGAUGUUGGGGGUGACGGGGUUGAGUCUGGGCAGUUAGGAACUUCUUCGCCGAUAGUCGGGCCAUUUCACAAGUGGAUGAAGAACCUACAUAGACGAGCCCACCGUUCGAGGAUCCAACAUGACCGUAGCGGGUUCGAGUCAUUCCCCGAAUAUUCGGAAAGUCAUAUAGGGCACGACGUUACGUCGUUAAAUAACCACAGGAAAUCAUCCUCUGGGUCCUCUUUUGGAUUCGUCGCCGCUGUCAGAAGCGCAAGCGUGAGUCUUGCUAGCACCAGCGUGAUAACGCGGCCACGGAGACAUACUGGACGAUCAUCGCUCCAAGGCAGGUCAGAUCUUAGUAGCAGAGGAUCAACCGGCCAGCGGUAUUCCGAGGAUAGCACCGGCUUCGAGCGAACAGUGUCAAAUGAUCCAGGAGUGACAGAAAGGUUGCUUCAAAGACGACGUAUUCUAGAGGAGUUCAUCAACACCGAAGAAAGCUAUAUUGGAGAUGUCAAGUUCCUCAUGAACGUCUAUGUUACCAUCUUAGCUUCUCUACCAUCACCGCAAUGGGGCCUUCGUGCCUCCAUAAAUCGUAAUUUGACAGAUAUAGUUGAAUUGCAUGAGGAAAUUCUUGGUGAGCUUCACCGAGUCGUGCCCAACUCCGAGUAUACGCAGCCCGAGCGUAUCCCAGUCGCUCCCAAUCCAUCGGCAGCCAAGAAGCAUCAUCGCUGGCGCAGUCUAGAUUCUGUUCCCGAGGACAGAGGAGAGACCUCCUGGUUGCAGCAUAUUCCUAGUGUGAUUGCUGAGCCGAGUAUUGCUGCCAAGGUAGCUCAUAUAUUCGGGAAAAGAAUGAAUCGAUUCUUUGUUUAUGAGGAAUAUGGCGCAAAGUACGAGCUAAUGAUCAAGGAUGUUGCUUCUGCUCAUCGAGAACUGCCCCAGUGGGAGACGUACCAAAAGGGACUUGAAGCAUUAGCUGCUUCUCUAGGCGCCGUAAAUUAUCACCUUGACAAUUCCAGGAAGUCAUUAACUAUUGGUGACCUCUUAGUCAAACCGAUCCAAAGAAUCUGCAGAUACCCACUCCUCUUCGCUGAGCUUCUCAAGUAUACCCCUGUAUGUGACUGUCCAAGUUCUCAUAUGGAGAUCGAGAAGGUUCUCAUUCGACUUCGUGAGGCCACUGCUGAGAUCAACCGCGCCACGGAUGACCCACGACUGAAGGGUACAAUGGAGCAAACCUGGUUAAUUCAAGAUCGACUUGUAUUCCCCAACCAAAAAUUGGAUGCUGCUUCAAGAACGGCAAUUCGUUCGUUCGGACAAGUUCGUCUUUGUGGUGCUCUGCACGUUUGCUGGCAGAACAAAGACGGCGUAGAUGGUACAUACAUGGUUGCGCUUCUCUACAAAGACUGCCUAUGCCUUGCCAGCGCCAGCGGAGCGGAGCCAGUCUAUACGAUCCAGGCUUGUAUAAGUCUCGCAGACAUCAAAAUUGAAUCCGUCGAUAAUGGCCGAGGCCUCCAAUGCCAUACUGCGCCCUUCUCAUGGAAGCUCGUUUUCGAAUGCGAUCAUCAACUCUACGAAAUCAUCAUGACAGCUUGCAACGCAAAGGAGGAAGAGGAAUGGCGCGCUCGCAUUUUGCAUUACUCCCCAACUGAACCAUGUGACAUAUCAGAACCUGUGUUCUAUAGCUCAAUCUUUCUCAACAUAAAGAGUCUUGGAACAAUCUUUGGAAAGCCAGGCACCAUUGCCCGUCGUCUUUCUAUUCAUAGGGCCACCACGGUUGGCCCCAAAUCACCAUUAUAUCAAGUUAUACUCAAGAAUACUUGUACGGCGAGAGAUACUACGUCGGUAACUUCUACUACGUGCAUCAACCGCUCGCAAUCACUUUUAACAACAAAUACACGUAUCCCGGUUCUUGCUCCUCCCAGGGCAGAUCGGGCUCGGGUUGAAGCUCUAUUGGCAGAUGUUUGGAGUCGCAAAGUGUUACCCUUCCCUGGCAUAGCAAGCCGUUCGAGAAGCGAGCACCUCGUCCGUAGCUCAGCAUCAACUGUUAUGAGAAAGCUGAGUGUUGCAAGUAUCACUAGCUCGUUUGCAAAGCGGUCUAUGAGCAGUACCAGCGUAGCAAAAUUAAAUGAGGAUGGACUUCCACACGCCAACGGCACUGUUCAUCUCAACUACGACAACAAUAAAACGGUUGGGUCUAUUAGGACUGACACAUCCGACAUCGAUGUUAAAUCAAGACUCCCAAUGAUUCAGGAUGAGACCGAGCAUGCUAGCAGCAUUAGCCCAAGUAUUACCUCUACAACUGGUGUUCGAGGACAGUCGGGAACGGUGAAGAAGCAUGACCUCCCAAAACUCGAUUUAGAAUGGAUGGGGGCAAGGGAUACAAGCACUUCAACUCCUACUUCACGACUGUCGCCGUUGAAUAGUGUCCGUCGCAAAAGACAGACAUCCCUAUCAGCUAGAUCGUCGCCAUCGUCUACCGAAGACGAAGAAAUUAUAUACCAUGGACUUGGAAUGAAGCAUCGCUUACACGAAACAUUAACUAACGCCAGGCCUUCAAGCAAGUGGGCAAGAGUAGGAGGCAUCAACAGAGGUUUGAUGGCGUCCAGCAUUCGUGAUUUCUUUAGAUGAAGGAAGGCAACUUCAACAUUACAUUACAUGGCACGAGUUGGGUAUAGAUACAUACGGUUUGGACUGGUUCUGGCUUAGGAUUAUACCAUUCUUUCAUUAUUUCUUAUUUCGCGAUGACACCGGAACGGCACCAAAUUCCUUACGACGGUUUUGCUUUUUGUCUUUUGCUCCAUUAGGCUCUCGGACUUGGACUACUACGAUUAUACCCCUACAGCAAUGUACUUAGGCGGAGCAAUGGAAUUCUUAUGUUACUCCGUUACCCCAAGUCGUUCGGUGUAACGAGACCAGGGGCACGUGUUUCGAUACCCCAACUAAUAUUUGAUGGCAUUCCCGAGUCUUGAAUGUGAAUGCGAUGAUGUUCAGUCUAGGUAUCUCAUGUUUGAUUUGUAAGGCUAGAACGUACUAGCAUACGUACAGCAUUGAAUCGAAACUGCCUAGGUACAUAUUGCACCUGUGGUUAGCACGAAUGCAGCCUUACCCAACCACCUCACACCACUAAUAGAAGUUUCGAUGAUGAUCGGAUCCUCCCGCUUGGUACCUAAGCUAGU